AUGGCAUUCUUUCAUGCUUCUACCUUACAAAGGAGGGACAGGAAUCGAAUUGAUAGGCUGCGAAACAAUGAAGGAAAUUGGGUUCAUAAACAAGAAGAUAUUUUGAGAUUAAUAGAAGAGUAUUACAUGAGCCUAUUCACAUCAAAAGGAAGCACCAACCUGCAGGAUUGUAUCAACAAAAUUCCCAAGAGAGUGACUGAGUCUAUGAACAAUGAUCUCUUGAAGGAAGUAACAGAAGAGGAAAUAAAGCAAGCAGUCUUUGGUAUGGAUGGUACAAGAGCACCUAGACCUAAUGGACUUAGUGGCCAAUUCUACCAGAAGCACUGGAGUACUAUUCAAAAAGAUGUGUGUGCAGUGGUUAAAGAUUUCUUUGAAAAGGGCCACAUUCCCAAUGAGAUAAAUGAAACACAAGUUGUUCUUAUCCCAAAAAUUAAGCAAGCGGAAACGCUUAAUCAUUUGAGACCCAUAAGUUGUUGUAACUAUAUCUACAAAAUCAUCUCUAAAGUUAUGGUGGCGAGGCUCAGAAGCAUCAUGGACAAGGGUCCUCUUUCACCUUAUCUAUUUAUCAUUGCUGCAGAAGUUUUUACUAUCCUAAUGGAUAAAGCGCUUAAAACUUCUGGUCAGAUAAUCAACUUGGAGAAAUCUGGAAUUACCUUUGGUAAUCAAAUCCCAAUCCAAACCAGAGUCAACAUAGAGGAGAUCCUCAAUAUUCCAACUUGGGACGAACCGGAAAAGUACUUAGGGUUACCAGUUCAGUGGAAAAGAUCAAAAAGCAAGUCCUUAGAUUGGAUAAUGGAAAAGGUGGACGGAAAAAUUGAAAGAUGGAAAGAGAAUCUAUUAAAUCAAGCGGGAAAGGAAGUGCUCAUCAAGGCUGUUAUUCAAGCGAUACCAACGUACGCCAUGAGUAUAUUAAAGUUUCCUAAAUCAUUAUGCAAUAAAUUAAGUGCAAAAGUGGCUAAAUUCUGGUGGAGAGGUCAAUGGAAGGAAAAAGGAAUACAGUGGACGGCUUGGACUAAGCUUUGCACGAAUAAAAAAGAGGGAGGAUUAGGAUUCAAGGACUUCCAUCACCAAAACACAGCACAACUGGCAAAGCAUGCAUGGAGAAUUAUUAAAAAUCCAGAAGCUGUCUGGGUGAGACUUUUAAAAGCCUCACACUUCCCUAAUUGUGAGUUUUGGGAAGCUCAAAGUCACCAAAGAGGGUCUUGGAUAUGGAAUAGCAUUCUACAGGGUAGAGAUUUAUUAAAGAGCAAAGCUAAAUGGAACAUAGGCCAAGGCAAAAGAGUCAAAGUGUGGAAAGAUAACUGGAUAUAUGGCUUGAAUCAACCACUCGACAAAGAAAACAAUGAAGACUUAAGAGUGAAGGAUUUGAUCUCAAGUUCAAAAGAGUGGGACCAAGCAAAAAUUAAAAAUUUCUUUCCCGCAAUCAUAGCCGAAAAAAUCAUUAGAACUCCAAUCAGCAGAAUAGCAAGACAAGACAAUUUGAUUUGGCCAUACCGACAAGAUGGUAACUACACUGUUAAAACUGGAUAUCAUAUAGCAAAAAAAAGAAGAGGAAAAAUACUCGAAAGACAGGCCCUCAACAAGUACACCUUUGGAGGAUCUUUGGCUAGGAAUUUGGAAUAUGAGAACUCCCCAAAAGAUUAA